UUUACAUUCCCCCCCUUCUCUCUCUCUCUCUCUCUCUCUGAGUCGAUACAUACACGAAUAAAUAUAUAUAUAUAUAUAUAUAUCUUGUUUUUCCUCUAGUGAUUCUUAGUUCAUCUGCAACUUUCAUGGCCGUUUUACCGACAAACUCUACAUGUUUGGAGUUAACCAUAUCCGUUCCAGGCUUGAAUUCAUCUUCAUCUCUUCCUUCCUCUGUGAAAGGUUUGGACAUAAAUCAAAUACCAUCAUCAGGAGUUGACCAAGAGGAAUGGACCAUAAAUGAUGAAAGCAACUACAACGGUGGGAGUCCUCCUCGUAAGAAACUUCGUCUCACAAAGGAACAAUCUCGUCUUCUUGAAGAAGGUUUUCGACUCAACCAGACCUUAAAUCAUAAGGAAAAAGAGGCAUUGGCAAUGCAAUUGAACCUGAAGGCACGGCAAGUUGAGGUGUGGUUUCAAAACCGUAGAGCAAGGAGCAAGCUGAAGCAGACUGAGAUGGAGUGUGAGUACUUGAAGAGGUGGUUUGGAUCACUGACGGAACAAAACCGGCGGCUACAGAAGGAGGUGGAGGAGCUGAGGGCCAUGAAGGUAGGCUCAUCCUCCGUGGUUUCGCACCACACUACUAUGUGUCCUUGCUGCGAGCGGAUCACCACCACCACCCUAGACAAUGGCUCUACCAAAACCACCACCAACAACCGACCCCACCACCUUGUCGUCUAACAUAUUUGGCGGGUACUAGCUAGCUUCUUCUAGCCUAACUUAUGGCCCCAUGGAAGAAAAGAAUUGAUGGUUAAAGAAUUGUUCAAAGUAGUAAUAGGGUUCAUUGCAAUGUACUUUUGAUACUAACAUGGUACUGUAUAUAUAUUUAGAUUGUAUAUAUUUUUAGUACUAGUACUUCAUCAUAUGGGUGCUAUUGUAUAUAUAGUACUCUUCUAUUUGCC